GUCAGUAAACAUGCUAAAAGUAUUAAACUAUACGCCCAUGUAUUAAUUUACUUGAUGCAUUGAUUUUACCGGUCAGUUCUCACGGUCCGCCACCGCGACUACGAGCCGCACCAACAUUUCGCCGGCGGCAACAUGCUUAAGAACGCCGAGUGGGCUUUGGAGGAGGCGAGGAACAAGUGCAUGGCCAAUUCGGAUGGCGGCGGCCUAAUUGGCAAGUGCGCUUCCGUUUGGGACGGGCUGAUGUGUUGGCCGGACACGAAGUCCGGCGAGACCGCUUAUCAGAAUUGCACUAACGAUUAUGUCAAAUCUAAGGUUCAAGCGGAAGCAUCAAAAUACUGCACCCAAAAUGGAACGUGGUACAAAAAUCCAGUCACCAACAAUUAUUAUACAAAUUACACCCUUUGUGGCUUCAUGUAUUUUGAAUACAAAGAACAAGUGGACUUCAACGAAAUAAAAUACAACAAAUGGUUACCAGUCAUCAAAAACAUAUCUUAUUUUGGCUACACCCUUUCCAUCGUGUCUUUGAUUAUAUCAAUAGUCAUUUUUAUUACCAUAAAAAGACUGCAUUGCCAACGUAACAAGUUGCACAUCCACCUCUUCAUCUCAUUCCUUUUGAAAGGCGUGAUGUUCUUCAUCAAAGACUUCCUGUUCGUGCAAGGAACAGCCCUCACGGACGAAGUUCAUUACGAAAAUGGGGCGGCCGAAUUCACCAAAACCAACUACUCGUGGAUUUGCAAGGCGAUCAUCAGCAUCCGUUACUACUUCAUCAUGUGCAACUUCAUGAUGGUGCUGAUGGAAGGGAUGUACUUGCACAAUUUGAUGUUCCUGAAUUUGUUCUCCGAGAAUAAUGUUGUUGGGGUUUAUUACGGGGUCGGUUGGAUUGUUCCCGUUGUGUUCAUCGUUUCGUGGGUCGUUAUGCAGACGAUCUACGACGACACGAUGUGUUGGACAAAAAAGAACAGAUUGUCGAUGCUCAUCAACGUUCCCAUCGGAGUUUCUGUUGUGAUAAAUUUUAUCUUGUUUAUACUUAUUGUGAGAGUAUUAUUUUUAAAAUUGAACAUGAUAUGUAUCCAGCAGCGGAAAAUUAAAUAUAGGAAGUUGCUGAAGUCGACCUUGAUUUUAAUACCUUUAUUCGGCAUUCCUUAUUUCAUGUCGUUUUGCCUUCAGUUUUGGAUCGACGAAAGCCCCACUUUGGAGUUAAUUUGGCUGCUGUUUGAUCAAUCCUUUUCAGCAUUUCAAGGAUUUUUUGCCUCUUUGGUGUAUUGUUUGUUGAACUGUGAGGUACAGGCGGAAUUGAGAAGAAAGUACUUCUCCUUAAGGGACAUAACUCACAGAGAAUUUCGCAGAAGCAGGACGAUCUCCCACACUCAACAAUUCACUCUUAAUCCCAAUGAGGAAAAUAUGGAAAGUCUGAGAUAUUUCGGAAACAAUGAUGAGGUCGUAAGAAAGACCAGUGCUAAUUAUUAUUUUUAAUAAAAAUGUGGUGGAUACUCCUAUUAAUUAUGCGUGGGACAAACAAAACCAAUCAGGAUGAUCUAAAGAAUUGUGGAUUUGUGUCAGGAGAAACUUUAAGUAAAAACAUAAUAAAU